GCAUGGGGCGGAGGGCGGUCGUCAUUGGACCUAGGCGGCUGCCGCCCCUGCCUCUGCUACCUGUUGCUACGGGCGCCGUAGAGCUGCAGCGCAGCAGCACGCGGGAAGGCUCGUCUCGCGAGAGCUCUGCUCCUUUCUUGGCCGUGGCAGCUGCAGCGGCUCGGGGGACCGCCAUGGACGCUCACGAGGACUACGUUUGGCCGCGGGCAACCUCAGAGCUCAUACUCCUCCCGGUAACGGGUCUGGAGUGCGUGGGGGAGCGGCUGUUGGCGGGUGAGGGGCCAGAUGUCCUGGUAUACACCUUGGAUUUCGGUGGACAUCUGCGGAUGAUGAAGCGAGUGCAGAACCUGCUUGGCCACUAUCUUAUCCAUGGAUUCCGAGUGCGACCAGAACCCAGCAGAGAGCUUGACUCAGAGGUCAUGGUGGCGGCGUUUGGCAGCAAGGGCCUCCGAAUUGUGAAAAUUAGCUGGGGACAGGGCCGCUUCCGGGAGCUGUGGCGCUCUGGCCUGUGGAACAUGUCUGAUUGGAUCUGGGAUGCCCGUUGGCUCGAGGGGAACAUUGCCUUGGCCCUGGGCCACAACUCGGUGGUGCUGUAUGACCCCGUGGUAGGGUGCAGCCUGCAGGAUGUGCCCUGCACAGACAGGUGCACCCUCUCCUCGGCCUGUCUGAUCGGAGACACCUGGAAGGAGCUGACCGUAGUGGCUGGCGCUGUUUCCAACCAGCUCCUGGUCUGGUACCCAGCAGCUGCUCUAAAAGACGAUAAGCCCGUAGCCCCCGACCGACGGGUCAGUGGGCACGUGGGAGUCAUCUUCAGCAUGUCUUACCUAGAAAGCAAGGGCUUAUUGGCCACAGCUUCCGAGGAUCGAAGCGUUCGCAUCUGGAAGGUGGGUGACCUGCGGGUUCCUGGGGGCCGGGUCCAGAAUAUUGGGCACUGCUUUGGGCACAGCGCCCGUGUCUGGCAGGUCAAGCUCCUCGAGAAUUACCUUAUCAGUGCAGGAGAAGACUGCGUCUGCUUGGUGUGGAGCCAUGAAGGCGAAAUCCUCCAGGCCUUUCGGGGCCACCAGGGCCGUGGGAUCCGAGCCCUAGCAGCCCAUGAGCGGCAGGCCUGGGUGAUCACUGGGGGUGAUGACUCAGGCAUCCGGCUGUGGCACCUGGUAGGGCGUGGGCACCCGGGUUCGGGGGUCUUCGCGCUCUCCUUCAAGUCUCACAGCAGGCCAGGUGUCCUCAAGGCUGUGACGCUGGCUGGCUCGUGGCGAGUACUGGCUGUGACCGACACAGGGGCCCUGUACCUCUAUGACCUCGAGGUCAAGUGCUGGGAGCAGCUGCUGGAGGACAUGCGCUUUCAGUCCUACUGCCUCCUAGAGGCAGCCCCUGGUCCUGAGGGCUUCGGACUGUGUGCCCUGGCCAACGGGGAAGGGCGCGUCAAGGUUGUCCCCAUCAACACUCCGACUGCAGCUGUGGACCUGACCCUGUUCCCAGGGAAGGUGCACAGCCUGAGCUGGGCCUUGAGAGGCUAUGAGGAGCUUCUGUUGCUGGCCUCGGGCCCUGGUGGCGUGGUGGCUUGCCUAGAGGUCUCUGCAGCGCCUUCUGGCAAGGCCAUCUCCGUCAAGGAACGUUGCCGCUACCUCCUGCCUCCAAGCAAGCAGAGGUGGCACACGUGCAGUGCCUUCCUCCCCCCAGGUGACUUCCUGGUGUGUGGGGACCGCCGGGGCUCCGUGUUGCUGUACCCCUCCCGACCAGAGCUGCUCAAGGGUCUUGGGGUGGUGAGCAAGGUUGGGGCCAUUACCUCAGCGCCCGGAGCAGGCAGUGGUGAGGGGGAGCCCUCCUUGGCUGAGUGGGGCCCUGUGUCCACCCUCCCUUCUCUGCACGGGAAACAGGGUGUGACCUCGGUCACCUGCCAUGGUGGCUACGUGUACACCACAGGGCGUGACGGUUCCUACUACCAGCUCUUUGUGCGAGGCGGGCAGCUCCAGCCAGUGCUAAGGCAAAAGCCCUGUCGGGGGAUGAACUGGGUGGCUGGGGUCCGUAUGGUGGCUGACGGGAGCAUGGUCAUCCUGGGUUUCCACGCCAAUGAGUUCGUGGUGUGGAGCCCCCGGUCGCAUGAGAAGCUGCACAUCAUCAAUUGUGGUGGAGGGCACCGCUCCUGGGCCUUCUCUGACACUGAGGCAGCGAUGGCCUUCGCCUACCUCAAGGAUGGCGAUGUGAUGCUCUACCGGGCUCUGGGUGGCUGCACGCGGCCACAUGUGAUUCUCCGGGAGAGCCUGCAUGGCCGGGAGAUCACUUGUGUAAAGCGUGUGGGCAGCAUCAGCCUGGGGCCUGAGUCUGGGGUGCCCAGCUUCCUGCAGCCUGACCACCCGGAGCCUGGCGAGCCUGUCGAGCCCGGCAGUGAGGGCCCUGGCCUGAUCGACAUCGUGAUCACAUGCAGCGAGGACACCACCGUCUGUGUCCUGGCGCUCCCCACGGCCACGGGCUCAGCCCACGCGCUUACAGCGGUCUGUAACCACAUCUCUUCGGUGCGUGCGGUGGCUGUGUGGGGUGUUGGCACCCCGGGUGGCCCUCAGGAUCCUCAGCCAGGCCUGACCGCCCAUGUGGUGUCCGCGGGGGGCAGGGCUGAGAUGCACUGCUUCACAAUCAUGGUCACCCCAGACCCCAGCCCCCCAAGCCGUCUUGCCUGCCACGUCAUGCACCUUUCAUCACACCGGCUAGACGAAUACUGGGACCGGCAGCGCCACCGGCACCGGAUGGUCAAGGUGGACCCUGAGACCAGGUACAUGUCCCUAGCUGUGUGUGAGCUGGACCGGCCUGGCCUUGGCCCGCUUGUGGCUGCUGCCUGUAGUGAUGGGGCAGUGAGGCUCUUCCUCUUGCAGGACUCUGGGCGGCGACUGCAGCUGCUGGCUGAAACCUUCCACCACAAGCGCUGUGUCCUCAAGGUGCACGCCUUCACACACGAGGCACCCAAUCAGCGACGGCGGCUGUUCCUGUGCAGUGCAGCUACCGAUGGCAGCUUGGCCUUCUGGGACCUCACCACCAUGCUGGACCAAGGCUCCCCUGCCCUGGAGGCUGCAGUGGACCCUGGGCUGCCCUGCCAGCUGGGCAGCCCCUGCCUGACUGUGCAGGCCCACAGCUGUGGCGUCAAUAGCUUGCACACCCUGCCCACCCGUGAGGGCCACCUUGUGGCCAGUGGCAGCGAGGACGGCUCCCUCCACGUCUUUGUGCUUGCCGUGGAGAUGCCAGAGCUGGAGGAGGCUGUGGGGGCUGCCGAGCUGCUGCCCCAGCUGCAAGUGCUGGAGGAGUACUCCGUCCCCUGUGCCCACGCUGCCCACGUGACAGGCCUCAAGAUCUUAAGUCCCAGCCUCAUGGUCUCGGCCUCCAUCGACCAACGGCUGACCUUCUGGCGUUUGGGGCACGGUGAACCCACCUUUAUGAAUAGCACAGUGUACCACGUAGCAGAUGUGGCCGACAUGGACUGCUGGCCCGUGAGCCCAGAGUUUGGCCACCGUUGUGCUCUGGGGGGCCAGGGCCUUGAGGUCUACAACUGGUACGACUAAGACAUCCCGCGGUGGCCGGCACACUGGGCAUGGGGCCUGCUCACAGACAAAGUGACUGUCUGUGCCCAUGCCUGGUGUGCCCAGAGGGGAGGAAGAGGCAGCCGCGGGUUCCUGACUUCAGAGCAGGAGCUGAAGUUGCUGACUUUGUGGACAUUCCUGGAUCCUAAGGCCUCCUUGGCCUUAAAUGUGACUCAGCGGAGGGAGACCCAGCAUGGCCAGCCCAGUGUGGAGCACUUCUCGCACGGCCCGCAGAAGCUGCAGACGGGCAAACAUCUGACCAAACAGGUGUGGCCGAGGCUCCUGGAGGAGAGGUGGAGGCUGCUGGUCUCAUCCUUUGCUUUCCCUGCACCACCCGCCCCCAUCUGCCCUUUGCUGUGCACUUACCCCUAGGAUGUGUACCCGGUUAUAGUAUGAGCUGAAGUCCAUGCUGAGCUGGACCAGGAACUUGCAUACCUAGAGACAGAGACCAAACUGAGUCCCUGGCGCCCCCCCCCACCCGCUUUUGUCCCCAGAUCAGAAUAAAGAACAGUGUGUGCAGCGUG